AUGCUGCUUUCGCCAUUCGGGUCGCCACGACGACUGGCAGUUGUGACGAUACUUGUCUUCCUGGCAAUCGUCGUCCUGGUACGCAACUCGACUUAUUCCGAAUACCUUCCCAAGUACGACCUUCCCAAAUUUACCAACGGCAGAGUGCCCGAGGACACGACAACCGGCAGCAGCAGCUUCAAGGAAGACUCGGGAAAGAGCGAGCUAUGGCAGGAGUACAAGCCUGACCAGGACAAGAUUCACGCAGCGCCACCUCCGCCGCUAAAGGAGGAAGAGUACGAGGAGAAGCCCGUACACACCACCAUCGUCACCACCUCGCAUUCGUCUUCGUCCUCGUCAAUCUCAACGUCCGUCGCAUCGUCCUCGGAUUCAGUGAGCACAUCUGCCACAAAGACAGGCACUACUGCCAAAAUCACACCUUUUGUACAUGCUUCGUACAAGGAGUUGCAGGCAAAGAUCAAGGAGUUUAUCCAAUGGGAUCGUCCAAACAAGGGCGGCCAUUGGCCUGGCUACGGCGACUAUGUCGACAAGGAUUAUGAUCCGAAUCGAUGGGAGGGUCUGCCCAUGAACGUCGACUACUACGCAUCCAACGGCAUCAACCAGCUCGAGAAGAUGGGCUUGAACGCCACUCCCUACCUGCCAUACCCCGAUUACCAAUCCACCGAAUACAAGAAGCAUUGGACUGGGGAAUAUGUUUCCUGCAAGGGCCCUCGCGGUCAGACACUAGACAAGAGUCCGGAAGACCUGGUUCACGCCUGGCCACAAUUGCCCCAGAACUUCCCCAACAUCAGUGUUGGUUCGGAUCUGGGCAUCGACUUGAACUCAUGCUUCGACCGCGAAUCACGCUACACUCCAUACGACAGCACAGCCAAGAAUGCACCCGAUUGGGGAAGCGUGCGCUGGGGCGAGUUGCAGAACGACUGUCUGAGCAAGAACAAGGAGCGCUACGGCGAACACCAGCGCAAGUCGAUGCAGCUCAGACCCAGCCGAACCAUGCCUAAAGAGGAUGAGUCGACACAGCAUGCCGAAUCCACAAACGCUGCUAAGCCUCAUCACCGUACCGCUAUCCUGAUCCGCACCUGGGAAGGCUACGUAUACACCGAGAACGACCUUCAAGCCAUUCGCUCUCUUGUCACCGAAACUUCCCUCCUCAGUGGAGGCGAGUACCAAGUCUACCUUUUCGUCAACGUCAAGCAACGCGACGCCGAUAUCUAUGACAAUGAGGAGACAUACAACAGCGUCCUCCAUGCCGUCGUUCCUGAAGAGCUCCGUGAUAUUUCCGUCCUCUGGACUGAAAAGGUCUGUGAAGAGUGGUACCCCAAGGUUGGCGACUGGCAAGUCUACUGGAUGCAGUUCAUGCCUCUGCAAUGGUUCUCAAAGACUCACCCCGAAUUCGACUACGUCUGGAACUGGGAGACCGAUGCUAGAUACACCGGAAACCCCUACCACUUCCUCGAACAGGUUAGCUUCUUCGCUCAAAAGAUGCCGAGAAAGCAUCUUUGGGAGAGAAACGCACGCUUCUAUCUCCCCGAGGCCCAUGGAGAUUUCCAAUCUUACCUCGCAGAUACUGACGGAGCUAUCGCAAAUGCGACAAAGCAAGGCAAUAUGACUCCUGUAUGGGGUGCCCUUCCUUACGCCUCGACCCAAAUUCCCAUCGGCCCGAAACCUCCGACCAGACAAGAAGACGACGAUUUCUCGUGGGGUGUAGGUGAGGAGGCUGAUCUUAUUACUCUCCAACCAAUCUGGGAUCCUAACGACACACAAUGGUCCUACCGCCACAAGAUCUGGAACUUCAUCCCCGGCGUCCGACCAAUCUUUACAGCCGAAAACGGAGCAGCUGAAGGGUUCUACCACGAAGGUUUCGAGACUAUUCCCCGUCGCGUCUUCAUCAACACGCUCGCCCGUUUCUCCAAGCGCAUGCUUCACGCCAUGCACGUGGAGAACUUGAAUGGCAGGUCUAUGCAAGCGGAAAUGUGGCCUGCGACUGUGGCUCUCCAACACGGUCUCAAGGCCGUCUAUGCACCCCACCCCAUCUGGUCCUCUCACCACUGGCCCGCUUGGUACGCUGACGCGAUCUUCAACGCCGACGCCGGAAUCCCUGCUCGUUGGUCUCAACAGUUCGAUUCUGCAUAUGCCCACGAUCGCGAAGUCAACUUCAAAACAUGGUCGUGGUAUUAUGCUACCGACUUCCCUAAGACGUUGUUCUGGCGCUGGCUCGGCUGGGAAGCAGAAGAUGACGGUCUGGGAUCUUGGGGAGGCAAACAAGAUGAGAAUGAGGGUAAGGAUAUCAGGGGUAUUGGCAUGGUAGGUGGGCAAGGCAAGAUGUGUUUACCCGGUAUGCUGUUGCAUCCUGUAAAAAAGGUUUCCAAACCCCAAGGGCAGAACUAG